UAUCCUAAGUUUAAAGACCCUAUUUUAGAAGAAACAAACAUAGCAAGUUACUAUUGCCAGGCACUAUGUGCUUUGUGUCAUUUGAUUUGCACACUAACCCUAUUACAUAGGUACAGUGUUAUUAAUUUCCCAUUAUAUAAGUAAGGAAACUGAGGUUUGGGCAGAUUAAGCAACUGGCCUAGAACAUCACAGCUAGUGUUAAAAUGUUAAAUAUGUCAAUAUAUUUUUUAAAAGAAAAAUCUUGCUCUGGAUUGAUCAGCGAUGAGCUUUUCCUAGAUCCAUAAGCCAUACUUGAGAACAUGACUAGCAUAUAACGACGUUUGCGUAUAACACACUGUGUGGCAGGCACCAUUUUAGGCUUUUUCACAUGUGUGAACUCAUGCAAUCUCACAACCCUAUGUUUGCUAAUCCCCCUUUAAAGAUGGGAAACCAAGUCACAGAGAGGUUAAGUAACUUAACUUGCCAGAGUCACAUAGCUAAUAAGUGGAGUAGCGGAGCUACAACCCAGGCAGCCUGGAUCUAGUGUGUUCACAUAACCAUGGGCUUCAGUCUGUCUCCUACGUGGAAACCUGAGCCAUGCCCAGUCGACCUGGGGUCGGGCAUCACUCCACAUGACAGUGAAGGGCUCAUUUCAUCCGAACGGGAAGCAGGACAGCCAGGCUGCAGGGGGAACAGCGUCCCUCUGCUGAUGCCUGUGGCUGUGUUUGUGCAUUUACACAUCACAUUAGCGGAGAUGAAUGCCACUUGGAAUCCAACCCACCGCAGCAGAUUACCUCAUGCAAGACAGAAAACAGCCCUGCCUGUGCUAGCCUGGCUCUGCUUUGGGCUGUAUUUACUCACGGGGCCUCAGCUGGCCAGGGCCUUGGAGCAGCUCUGGGGCCCCCCACCUGGGCAGGAGUCCCAGCUCAGGACUAGACGCACGGAGGAGGACGGGGUGGGAAGAGCAGUUCCCUCCCAUACCCUCGUCCCCUCCCAGCAAGUACAGAGGGUCGUACAGCAAUCGCCCCGCCUUACUUAGAGGCUCUGAUCUGCACAAA